GACAUCCACAUUGUUGUCUUCAUCUUCUUUUCGCUGUCUGUAGACAGACCAGGGUGGAACAGUGGAAGAUGGGGGAGGACUUUGUCACCUUGCAGUCCCAAAAUGGACAGAACAUGUUUGUGAUUGUCGUCGUAGAUCCAUCACAGCUCAAAGCCGCUUUGCACCAGAUUCCUCAGCAGGCAGCCGCUUACUCCAAGAUCAAAUUUUAUGAAGACGAAGACAGUUCAGAAGAAGGAGAAAAUUCAAAAUGGGAAACAAAAGGAACAAAACCACUUCCGGAGCCUUCGUCUGUGUCCAAGGUGAUCCUUAUGAUGAUAUUACACGUCUGUCGUAAAAUAAUGUUCAUGGACACUAGGUUAAAGGUUGCAAUCUAUUUAGCUACCUUAUUUGUUAUUUCACUUCUUGCCGAUGUUCUGCCCUUUCCGAAGACGUACUUUGCCAGAAAGGAUAAUGUAUUUAAUGUUUAUUUCGUGAAGAUUGCUUGGGGAUGGACUCUAGUUUUAUCUGUGCCAUUUGUAGUCCUUACAAGUUCAACCUAUUGCUGUGGCCGCAAAGACAAGAUACUGAAACACUUAAUACGAUUAGGAGUAGCCACUUUCAAUUGGUUUUUUUGGGUUCAUCUGUUUGCCUACAUUGAAAGCAUCGUUGGGAGGUGCAACGCCAAGGGAGAUAGGUUUCAAACAAAGUCCGCCUGUUUGGAGAAAGGGCUUUUUUGGCAAGGAUUUGACAUAUCUGGACACACUUUCAUCCUUAUCCAUAGUAGCCUCACAUUAAUCGAAGAAGCAAGAGCGAUUAUUGGGUGGGAUGGCAUUGAAGACAUGCUUAGAAAUGAAGAAUACAGUCGCACUCUCACUAUCAAGGAGGUAAGCUCAAAUCCUCUACGAAACCUGAACACAGCAGAUUUGGACACUCUUAAAUUUAACUAUGAGAAGUUUUCUCCUUAUGUAAGAGGACUCUUUAUAGCUAUGACUUCAAUCACAAUUUUAUGGGAUGUAAUGCUUUUAAGUACGAUGCUGUAUUUUCAUAGCAUGGUUGAGAAGUUCAUAAGUGGUUGUAUUGCCAUUCUCAUAUGGUAUUUCACAUAUAACUUUUGGUAUCCUACCAAAGGUUUCCUACCAUAUAUGCCUGGUGAGGGUGCUUUUAAAUACAGAGAUGCUAAAUCGACUAAAGAAGUUCCUUUGAUCAAGAAAAGAUCCGUUGAUAAGGGACAACUUCCAAGAUUCAUGGGAAUGCCAUUAUAUGGUCUGAGAAAUGAGAUGCCUCCAGAAAAGAGUGAAAUGCUUGGAAAUGAUAAUGGUUUAGGAUUGUCGAGUCAAUCAUGAACUGGUUAUUUGUGAUUUAAGGCCAUGCUCUCUUUUCUGGAAAGUCUAGCUUUAAGUUAAUCGGUUUGUGUACCUUUUAUAAUUUAUAGUAGGCCUAUUAAAGAUUAAAUUCUAAUAAGUUGUUGAUUUGGUACAAGUGAUUUUAUGUAAUGGUUAUUUGAUAUAGGCAUACAUGUUUAGUUUUGAAGAAAGCAAUAUUCUCUCCACCCAGUUUUUUUCCCAUUCAAAUAGUACUAAAGUACCGUUAUUCAAUAUUCUAUUACAUUUAUUGUUUACUUCUAAGCUAAUAAAUAGGUGUCUGUGUUACUAAAUCAUUAUCUAAGUCUAUGUAUAGCUUUAAAAAAACCAAUGGGUGUGUAGUCUUAUGGUUAGCAUCUCGGACUUUGAUGCAGGAGGGACGGGUUUAAUUCUCGGCCCAUCCAAAGAACUUGUGGUGGACUGGUUUCCCUUAAAAGCCUGAAUUCACUUCACAGGCAUUGACACAGGCAAAAAAAUUAGCCUAAUAAAAUGAGACUUUUUCACGACACUUAACUUUUUUUUACUUAAGUAGUGUAGGCCCUAACUUAGUUAAAAAUUAAAAUGACUUUUUAUGACAAAUUACGCCCCUACUUAUUUUCUUGUGAGCAUGUUUACACUAUAUCAGCCAAAAUAGUACAAUAAUUUUGACUGGGUUUUUGAAAGUAGGCUACUGCAAUUACUAGCCAACACAACUUAAGAUUUGAGCUAGUUGUUAGGCUUUCAAAAAGAAAAAUAUAUAUACAUAUAAAUCAUCUCAAAUUUGAAAUGCCUUAACACUUAACUAUAAGCCAUUCUUGCCAUUGUAUUACACCUAAGACAAUUAGGCCUACAUUUUUAAGUAAAACAACCUCCAUUACCUGACAUGUACUUAUAUAGACUUUUAUGAAUAUAAUGAAUAAUGCCUACAAAAAGAUUAUCUGUGGAGUGUUUCUUGCAGACCUCCUGAAAGACCUACUGGUAACCAUAAUCUUUGUUUACCACUAAGAUCGUUAAAUUGUAAUAUUUUGCAUUUGUUUCAUAAUAAUCCAGCCUAAUAGAAAUCUGGAUUUGGGAAUGAAGGGUCUUUUCCAACACCAUUUGUUUAGAAGUUUUGAACAAAUAUAUCAUAACGGCAGUAAGUUAACGUUUAGGCCUACUGUUUACUUUGAAUCGAAAAUAAGUUCACGUUAACUUAUUCUUAAGGAAUUUAAACUCUUAGUGCAGGGAAUCAGCUCGGUCAUUAUGAUAAGUUUAAGCCUUCAUUUGUUACUAAAUUAACUAGACAUAUCCUUCAAGCCAUAAAUAUCCCCAUAAAUAAGUGGGUUCUGUAAAUUGCAGCAUGGUCUAUUAAUCUUUGAAAUCCAAUGAAAGUAGCCUAUAUUUUCUUACUUUAAGGCAGUUUUACUGUAUACAAACAUCAAGCCAUUAAAUUUCCUAAAGUUGACCGGAUUCUUUUAAUAAUAUGGCUAUUAUUUAGAUGACAUUUGAACCAUAUCACCUGUAACAACUACAAAAUUCUCAUCUACUCAAUUAAGAAAAUAUACAAAUUUAGAAGUAACAAAGCAAAUAGGUCCUACCCUAUUUAGAUUUGAGGUGAUGUGUCAUCAAUGUACAGUUUUUAUCGACAAAGUUAUAGAUAAACUGCAGAAAGUUUACCAAUUUUGCAUCAGAUGCUCAUAAUUAAGUCUUUGGUAUGCUACUUAAAUGUAGGUAAGGCCUCGCCAUCUUGCAUCUUUUAUUAACUAAUCUCUUUUUCUCAUCUUAUAACCAAAGCUCUAUUUGGUUUUAAUUGUAGAAAUAAUCAAAGAAAUUAAGUACAAAAUGUUAGAUCAUGAUUAUUGCACAAAUAAAUAAAUAAAUACAUGUAAUUAAUUGUUAUAGUAGCCUAACCUGUGCUGUUAAAAAACAAAUUAUUAUUUUUUCAAUACAAAUGUCUUGUGUAAAUAGCAUCUUGCAUUUUAAUGUAAUUGUAUUUAAGUGACAUUGUCUUGUUCUUGGAAUGUUGUGCACAGUGUUUUAUCUGACAAUUUACAGCCUUAACCUUUUGCACUCAAAUUGUACAUAAAUUAAUAUAGCCUAUUUUGUAUUUUUCUAAAAACUUUAAUAGACUAUCUAAUUUAAAAUGUUUUGUAAUUUUUGUGAGUAGAAUUUUAAAUUUUUGCCUAAAUGAUUUUGUUAUGAUAAACUAUAUUUUUUGGAGAUAUUUUGUAAUAAAUAUAAGUGUAUGUAUACUCUUGCUGAACAUUCUUGUUUGAAAUACCUCAGUGCUUUUAAUUUAUUUAGUAAGUUUUGUCAUUUAAGUGAAACAGUGAUUUUGUAUCUCUGAUAAGAUAUACAUUUUGUUAAUGUUUUGGUGUUUAUGGUUUGUUACAUUACAAGUUUUUA